CAGAAGAAGAAGAAGAAGGAUUCAUGCCGUCCAGCGUCCUCUAGCGGAUAUCGGUUUCCUCUAGCGGAAGUUGUUGAAUGUUUAGUUUAUUAUUCAUAUCAACAAUGGCGUCGCAGCAGCAGCAGAUGGGCACUAACAAUCCUCAGAUGGCAGCACAAGCGGCAAUUUUACAGCAGACUCAAGCACAGCAGCCACAACAGCAACUCAGUCAACAGCAAGAUUUUGACCCCGUUCACAGAUUCAAAAUGUUGAUUCCACAACUCAAAGAGAGUUUACAGAAUGUCAUGACCAUCGCUUCCUUAAAUUUUGGACAUAAUACGGCAAUUGACAACGGUCAACGAACAACAGAGAAGGGUAAUGAUGCAGCCAUGCAGCGGUUUGACAAGAGUUUGGAGGAGUUUUAUGCCCUUUGUGAUCAGCUGGAGCUCUGUCUGCGGCUGGCCCACGAGUGCCUCUCACAGAGCAUCGACAGCACAAAGCAUUCUCCCAAUCUUGUACCUACAGCCACCAAGCCAGACACAGUGCAAACAGAGUCUCUGUCUUACUCACAGUAUCUAAGUAUGAUAAAAUCACAGAUUUCAUGUGCUAAAGACAUCCAUAAUGCUCUUUUGGAGUGUUCAAAAAAGAUUGCUGGAAAAGGCCAGGGAGCUUCUAAUUAGUAAUUGACAAAUGUAUUUAUUUUCCAUAAAUAUGUCUUUGUGUUUUUCAUAACCUUUUGAUGCUGUUUGAUAAAUAUAUUUUUUAACUUUUCAAUUGGAUUUGUCUGUUUACUUUAGCUAUUGUGACCCAAAUAUUCUUGAAUGGCAUAUAUGUUUUGUAGUGCAUUACAAUUAUUUUGCAGUCAAUCAAAUUAGCUAGAUAACUGGCAGAUGUAUGUGCUUUUCUCUAUGGAAUUAGUUGUUACAAAAAUAACAAGAGUAACCUCUUAACUGUACUUCCUACAUUGCAAUUUGGUACCUUUACUGUACCAGAGUAAUUUUUCUCUUUAAAAAGCUGUACAAUCAGUCAAUAAAUUAAAUUAAAUAAUUAAUAGCCUACUUCCAGUUGGGUUGUGGGGCACCAAAUUUAAAUAUUUUAACUUAACACAAAAAUAUCACUUUGUAGUUAUUGGAGGCUAAUUGUAUCACUGCAUUACAUUUUCCAAACACUAACAUAUAAUACAGAAUUGCUGGUAAGCCAGUAUUCACUAGGGUUAAUUGACUAGGUCAAGUGAUAUUGUUAGUUUAUUUUCUGAAGUUUAAAUAUAUAUGUGUGUGUGUGUGUGUAUGUGUGUAUGUGUGUGUGUGUGUCUAUAUAUAUAUAUAUAUAUAUAUAUAUAUAUAUUCUGAAUCCUCUUGCUCCAGCACAAGAGUGAAUGAGUGUAUUAAGCAGUCCAACAGAGUACUUAUCAUCAAGCAGCUUCUUAUUAAUGACUUGCAGUAACGGGUCUCACUUAAAAUAGAAAUAAACUCUUGUUUAUCUGACUCACAUACUUAAGCCAAUAAUUUAGUAGGACACAAGAGUUUGGUAAUGGAAAACCUGGAAAUAUCAGGGAUUUUUAAAAUGGUGUUUUCCAAGCCUGGAAAAGUCAUAUAAAUUAAUGACAUCUCAAAAGUCAUGGAAGUUUCUAUAGAGAUUUUUUUCAAUCUAAUUUUUCACUCAAAAGUAUUUAUGAGCUCGAUUUUUUUUUUUAUUGCUUUUGUGUAUAUAACAUGCUUG